AUGUAUGGCAUUUGUUUGAUUUCAUCAGUUACAGCUUUAUCUACACUCAUACGCAACUUGAUCUCGUCUUUCCAGCUGUUUUUUUCGUCAAUAACAACUCAUUGUCCAACAAACUUUUGUAUGAAUUUGGAUUUGGCGAGAGUUUUGUUCGUGGAACAAGCAAUUUUUGAGUUUCGAAUUCGUGACAGCGAGGUUCAAGGCAUCAAUCAAUUUCUACGAGUCACAGCAGCAAAUAUACAUAAUAUAUAUCAAUGCUGUCGGCAAGUCCAGGAUUGUGGUAGUGGCGGUAUUCGCGGAACCAGUGGUCAUAGUAUCAGCAGAGUUGGUGGACGAGUAGGCAGGCUGACGACGAUGUCGAAGUUGAUGUCACGUUGUUGUUUCAAAUCGUUGGUCAUCAUGUUGAUCUUCAAAUGCCCAAUCAGACGGGUCAAGCACGUCCGCAACUGUUCCAAUGAUCGUUGUCCAAGGCUAUCCAAAUAA